AUGUAUGAUGAAUUUAAUCUACAUCCAAUAAUUGAAACAACUCAUUCCUAUGAUCAUUCAUAUAAAUCAAAACAAAGUUCGAUAGAUAUCAGUAAAAUUGUUCAUAUUCAAAAUGUAUAUAAUAAUGAUAGUAACAAUAAUGGUACAAGUAGUAGUAGUAGUACUACUACCACUGCAUCAUCAAUAUGUCACAAUCGUGAAGAUGAUCAACUCACACCAAAAACGAUUACACAUAACGACCAUUAUUUAUCACACGCCACAUCGAAUUUGAUUGAAAUCAAUCAGAAACAAAAUGUUAAACAAUUAUCAACAUUAUUUCCGAAUAAAAUAGAGCAACAACAAGUUUUUGAUUAUAACAGUACAACAACACAGCUAUUAUCAAACGCUCGCCACGAGAAAAUUUCUCAUACAACAACUACCCAUAUUCCAUGUUUAGUAUGCGGUGAUGAAUCAAGUGGCUUUCAUUAUGGUGUUAUUUCUUGUGAAGGUUGCAAAGGCUUUUUUCGUCGUUGUAUAACUCAAGGCAUGUCACAUUAUUGUAAUAAUACGGGCGACUGUGAAAUAACAUCAUUUAGUCGUAAUUCCUGUCAAUAUUGUCGAUUAAAAAAAUGUUUUAAUGUUGGUAUGAGUCGUCAAGCAUCACGAUUAGGUCGACGACCUAAACGGCCACGGUUUGAUACUAUAAAUAUAAUUGAAAAUGUUAAAGAACCGGUAGCAAAUUCGUUAUCAUUAUCAAGAAUAUUUGAACAAGAAAUUCAAUGCCAACAACAAAUUAAAUUUAUGAAUGAAGAUUCAACUAUAUUUAAAGAAAAAAUAUGGUCCAAUAAAAACAUUAAACAAAUUUCAUCAAUCAAUAGUAGCGAGUCAGUUGCGCCGACAACGUCAAAGGUAAAUUUUUCAGAUUGUUUUCUUCAACGGCAUCAAAUAAAAAUCGUACCAGAAAUUCAUCAAGAAAUUCUAAGAAAAUUAUCGACAAUGUUAAUUUAUCAAGAUAAGCUUUUGACAAAUAUUGAAAUCAACGAGUUUGAUCAUAUAGCCAACGUUAUUAUUAAUGCUCAUCUGCAAUUUUCUAUAUAUACAUUUGAAAAAAUUCAAGUUCAAAUUAGAAAAAAUUCACUAAUCAGUGCAGAUAUAAUUAUUGACAAUUUUAAUUCUGAUCCAGAAUCAGCAUGGAUCCAUUGGCAAUUGAAUUGUCGACUUGAAAAUAUUUUAAACUUAUUUAAACAAAAUCCAUUUUUUCAACAGAUUUCAUACAAUGAUCAAGUUUGUUUAUUUCGAUAUGGAGCCUUUGAAACUAUACUUGCCAAUUGGUUUGUACUAUUCAAUGUAAAACGUCAAGUAAUGCUAACACCAGAUUUUACAGCUUAUAUGAACAGAGAUUGUAUAGAAAAGAUAAAAGUAUUAGGCGUAUUUAUGUUAGAAAUAUUUGAUUUGGGAAUGAAAGCAAGUCACAUUCAAUGGAGAGAUAGUGAUAUUGCUUUGUUUAGUGCAGUUUUACUGAUGAAUCCAGAAAGGUUAGAUUUAUGUAAUAGAGAGCAGAUUGGACAGAUCGAAAGUAAACUGCUGCAAGUUUUGUACAGACAUUUACGUAACAGUCAUCCAAAUGAACCGGAAAUAUUCUUGAAUAUGCUUCAAUUGAUACCAAUAAUUCAAGAAAUCAAUCAAAGCCAUUUGAAGGCAAUAAAACACAUCAAAAAAUAUAACAAAGAACUUUUUAAUUCCUUACCAGAUAUCUAUCAAAAAACUUAUCAAGAACUGUCGCUAUAG